GUCAUCUUCCUCCUGUGAUCGCCCCGCUCCGCUUCUGCAGGCCACGGCUGGGCGACACCCUGAUGGCGUCGCCUCCUCCCGUGGCGACCGCGGGGCCUCACAGCGUCUUCGUGUACGGCACGCUGAUGGAAGAGGAGGUGGUGCGUGUGCUCCUGGGCCGCGCCCCGCCCUCCUCCUCCCCCGCGCUCCUCCCCGACCACCGCAGGUUCAGCCUCAGGGGCCGCGUCUACCCGGCCAUCCUCCCCGCCCGCGCCCACGCGGUGAGCGGAAAGGUUAUCCAGGGGCUCACCGACAGGGAACUCCAUGUGUUCGACAUGUUCGAGGACGAGGAGUAUGUGAAGACAACCGUCGAGGUCUCACUGACUGAUGCAUCGGAGAAAUCACUCGCCUACGCCUACAUAUGGGGUAACCAGGGUGAUCCUGACCUCUACGGGGAAUGGGAUUUUGAGGAGUGGAGGAAGGUGCAUUUGAAGUACUACCUUGAGAUGACUCGGGAAUUCAUGCUGGAACUCGGGCAAUUUUAAACACUUCUCUGGUUUGUAACUACACAGGAGUCAGAGGAUCCUUGCAAAACUACCAUAGAAUAAUUUGUGUCUUGUGCUCGACGAGUUCUUGCUACUAUGCUGCUUUGGGAACAUACACAUGUUAUUUGAGCCAUUUAGUCAUUUGGAUGUG